AUGGGAUUUGAUAACGAGUGCAUACUGAAUAUUCAAUUUCUGGCUGGAGAGUACUUCUGUCCUAUUUGUGGCUACUUGUCUACCCAAAUGAAGCAUUACAAGGCGGAUUCUAAGCCGCUUGUUGAGUCAAAUAAGACACUUGCUGAAACCAUUGGGAAAAUUAUGGUUCAUUAUCUAGGUGUGCAUGGCAGGGUCCGCUAUCUGAAUGUACAGCUCAUUGUUCUGGGUGUGCAUUUGGCAAUUCUCCAGUUGUGUAGUGUGCAGCCUCAAGCAAAGCAGGCUGGGGGUGGUCAGGAAACUGCAGCCACAGAAACCACUGCUGCUGCUGAUCAGACCCAGCUUGCUUCUCAGCCAGGAAUAGCUACUUCUCAGGCCCAGGCAUCUCAAAUUACAACGUCCAUUUCACCUGGACAGGACCCGAAUCUGCAGGCCAACCCAAAUUCCCAGUCUCAAGCUGUCUCCCAGGCUGCUGUGGUGACUUCAGAACAGCGGUACCAACUGCAACAACAGCAUCAGCAAUUCUACCAGCAUCAUUCUGGAUAUGACCCGUGUUAUCAGCAAUACUACCCCCAUCAACAGCAGGCAGUUCCACAAUACCAGCAGCAACCUUUGCAGGUUAAUGCACAAUGCAUGGCUGGCCAGCAUCCUGUGUACCUGCAGAUACAGGCCCAACCUCAAGCCCAGGUGCAGCCUCAACCACAGGUUCAGUCUCAAAGUACAGCCACAACCACAGGCCAGCCUCAGUUACACUCAUCUGUUCAGGCUCCUGCGGCUUCUCAACCUCAGAACCAGGCACAAGUCGACCAACAGCAGCAAACUCACCUUAUGGUGCCACCACACUCUAAAAUUCCAUCACAAACUUACCCAACGGCCCUAGGCCAUCCCCAGCCUCAGGUUCAGCCUCAUCUGCAACAUGGGCUAAUGCCUCAGUAUCAGCAGUAUCACUCCCAUUUGCAACAACCACAGUCCCAGAUUCAUCCUGCUCCUCAACCACAGCCACAGCUAAAUCCUCAACCAAGCCAGCCCUUGAAUCCAAGUUUGAUGCCUCAAACGCAGCACCCUGCAGCCUAUGCUGUGACUGCUCAUCAGUCUUAUCCACAAAAGCACCCUCACCAGCAAGUGCAGAUGGUAACACAACAACAUCCCAUGCAUAUGCAAGCUCAAGGUGGCCUUCACCCACAGCAACAUCCUGCUCAAGUGCAGAAUUCAUUCCCUCAGCAACCUCCUCUGAUUCACCCUUCCCAAUCUCAUGCAGCAAUUCCAAAACAGCAGCUGCCAGGUUUGUUGCCUUCACAAAGUCCUAUGCUGCCACAAGUUCAUCCUCAUUCUCUUCAACCUGCACUUCCAAUUCGACAACAGCCAGUCAUGCAGCAUUCUGCAUCAUCCAUGUCUCAUCAGUAUGUUCUGCAACAACCUCUGUCAACCCAACCGGUGGGCUUGGUUCAGCCUCAAAUACAACAGCAAGGAUCUCAGUCUGUGCAUCCCUAUCCAUCUCAUAAUCUUGUUGGGAGACCAAAUCCUGGAGUACAAUCACAGCCAUAUCCCCAGUCUGCAGCUGGUAUACAUGUUAAGCCUAUGCAACUUGGUGCAAACCAGCCGUCUUCUUAUCCGAAUAAUGUGUUUAGGACCAACAACCAAUCUGGGGUAACUUCGCAACAAAUAUCUGAGGUGCCAGAAGAUCAUGGUACUGACAAAAAUGAGGCUGAGAAAGAAGCAGAUUCAUCCUACCAGGGAAUUGCCAAGAAGGAAGCUAACGAGUUGGAUGCAGCAUCUAGUAUUGGAGCUGAUCUGGUUGACACUAAUACUUCUAAAUCAAAUGCUUAUUUGAAAUCUUUAGAUGAAAAACCUACUGGUGAUGUUGGAGACAGUAGUAGUGGGUUUGAUAUAUCUACCAAGGAGACUCCAGAAUCGAGACGGACUUUUGGUACAGACCUUGAACAACAUAGAGAUCCUGUGUCUACGAAUACGGUCAAGGGUGAGGCUCUUGAGGAUCAGAAAGAUGUUGACAAGGGUGAGCAAAAGGUACAAGAAAAUAAAAUUUUGGAUGGCCCUUUGCUGAAAGCUCCCCCACUACAGGAGGCUAAGCUUGGUGAAGAACAGAAUGGGAAAAUGCAGAAAGAUAAAAUUCUACCUCAAGAUCAGGGUCUAAAGGUCCUGCAGCCUUCUCAUUCAGUUCCAAUUGGUGAUCAGGGAAGGCACCUAACACUGCAUAUGCCUUGUGUGUCUAAUAAUAAACAACAAAGACCUGCGGCUUCUGCCGUGUUACAAGCACCUCCACCAGGACCUCCUCCUAAUCAAUUUAGGGCCCAGGGCCCAGGACAUGUCACCCAUCCAGGACAGGCUUUAGUUCCACCUGAAAAUUAG